UAAGUAAACUUACCCCAUACGGGUUAUGCACGCUAAACCAAUAAAACAGAAACACGUUUAUACACUCGUUUUCAUUUUCCAUCUAUAAAUAGAGAGAUUUGUUUUUAGUUUUAAACCAUAAUCAGUUGAUAGCUUCCACAGUGUUUUCCGAAAGGCAAAUCUUUUUUCAAACUUCAACGACUGCGUUUUGAAUUUGUGAUUUUUAAAGGAAAUUUUCAAUUAUGGCUGAAGAGGUGGAGGAAGAGAGGCUAAAGUAUUUGGAUUUUGUGCGAGCGGCUGGAGUUUAUGCUGUAGAUUCUUUCUCAACUCUCUACCUUUAUGCCAAGGACAUAUCUGGUCCAUUAAAACCUGGUGUCGAUACUAUUGAGAAUGUGGUGAAGACCGUGGUUACUCCUGUUUAUUAUAUUCCCCUUGAGGCUGUCAAGUUUGUAGACAAAACGGUGGAUGUAUCGGUCACUAGUCUAGAUGGCAUUGUUCCCCCAGUUAUCAAGCAGGUGUCUGCCCAAACUUACUCGGUAGCUCAAGAUGCUCCAAGAAUUGUUCUUGAUGUGGCUUCUUCAGUUUUCAACACUGGUGUGCAGGAAGGCGCAAAAACUCUGUACGCUAAUCUUGAACCAAAAGCUGAGCAAUAUGCGGUCAUUACCGGGGGUGCCCUCAAUAAGCUGCCACUAGUUCCUCAAGUGGCAAAUGUAGUUGUGCCAACCGCUGUUUAUUUCUCUGAAAAGUACAACGAUGUUGUUCGUGGCACUGUUGAGCAGGGAUAUAGAGUGUCCUCUUAUUUGCCUUUGUUGCCCACUGAGAAAAUUACUAAGGUGUUUGGAGAUGAGGCAUCAUAAUCUGCACUGGAUUUGGUUAUUUAUCUAUUGUGAGCUUUUUUAUAUGUACUUAUUCAGUGUUUAGAAUAAGUCUUUGGUGGUGUGUUUUGGAUGUGGAAUAAAGGGCCAAUUGCAUUGUUGGUCAAUAUAUAAUUAUGUAUAACAUUUCGUGAUUUGAGUUGGAAUCUAAAGGUUUUAUUAAGAAUGAAUGGACUAAAAUAAUGUAAUGAAGAGUAGAACA